CACUGCCAGUGCUGCCCCCACGCUGCCCAGCUCGGGUUCUCUGGUCACAGCAGCUCGGUCCUCCAGAGCUGCUGGACCCCAGGGAGAGCUGACCACCAACUGAGCAGCCGGCUGAAUCCACCUCCACAAUGCCGCUCUCAGGAACCCCGGCCCCCAAUAAGAAGAGGAAAUCCAGCAAGCUGAUUAUGGAGCUCACUGGAGGUGGACAGGAGAGCUCGGGCCUGAACCUGGGGAAGAAGAUCAGUGUCCCAAGGGAUGUGAUGUUGGAGGAGCUGUCACUGCUUACCAACCGGGGCUCCAAGAUGUUCAAAUUGCGGCAGUUGCGGGUGGAGAAGUUUAUCUAUGAGAACCACCCUGAUGUUUUUUCUGACAGCUCUAUGGAUCACUUCCAGAAGUUCCUUCCCACAGUGGGGGGACAGCUGGGCACAGCUGGUCAGGGAUUUUCCUAUAGCAGGGGCAGCGGCGGAGGCCAGGGAGUGGGCAGUGGCUCUGCUGGACAGUAUGGCUCUGCUGGACAGUAUGGCUCUGGCCAUCAUCAUCAUCAUCAGGGCUCUGGGUCUGGAGCUGGGGGUGCAGGCGGUCCUGGGGGCCAGGCUGGCGGAGGAGGAGCUACUGGCACGGCAGGAGUUGGCGAGGCAGGAUCAGGAGACCAGGCAGGUGGAGAAGGAAAACAUGUUACUGUGUUCAAGACCUAUAUUUCCCCAUGGGAGCGGGCCAUGGGAGUUGACUCCCAACAAAAAGUGGAACUCGGCAUUGACCUGCUGGCCUAUGGGGCCAAAGCAGAACUCCCCAAAUACAAGUCCUUUAACAGGACGGCAAUGCCCUACGGUGGAUAUGAGAAGGCCUCCAAACGCAUGACCUUCCAGAUGCCAAAGAUUGACCUGGGACCCCUGCUGAGUGAACCCCUGGUCCUCUACAACCAGAACCUCUCCAACAGGCCUUCUUUCAAUCGAACCCCUAUUCCGUGGCUGAGCUCCGGGGAGCCGGUAGACUACAACGUGGAUAUCGGCAUCCCCUUGGAUGGAGAAACAGAGGAGCUCUGAAGUGUUUCCUCUUCUAGUUCGCAUCGUGUUUCUCCCUCUGGUUCCAGUGUGGAGAGGGAGUGCUGAGCAGGAUGCCCCCACCUUGGUCCUGUAUCUUUGUGGGAAUAGAGGGAAACAGGAGGGAGAGACCUGCCUUUCUGUCCUUUACCCCAAGCCCCGCUCCAAGCACCCUUCUUCACCAGCUCAGAGCUGCCCUUCUAUUUGCUCCAUGUGGAGUUUGCUCUGCCACCAGUAACAGUCAAUAAACUUAAGGAAAUGAACUCA